CUUUAAAAAAAAAAAAACGUAUUUCCGCCUCCGGUAUCAUUUAACCUACUUUUACUAUCAUUUAGAUUUAUCAAGAUCUUGACUCGUUUUUAAUGUCUUGUGCUAGAUACAACUAGGAAAAUGUCCCAGCUUGUAACUGUCAACAACUUUAUUGACGGAAAAUUUGUAACGACUAAGGAAUACCUUGAUAGUUUUGACCCAUCUACUGGCCAGGUUUGGGCUAGGGUGUCUAACAGCUCUGCAGACGAAGUUGAUACAGCUGUUCAAGCUGCAGAAAAAGCCUUUCCACAAUGGUCAGUCACUCCAGUGGAGCAGAGGUCAAAGUUGAUGCUUAAAAUAGCAGAUCUAAUUGAAGCCAGAUUGGAUGAAUUUGCUGAAGUGGAGUCACAUGAUCAAGGAAAGCCUGUUUCAUUGGCUAAAAGAAUUGACAUUCCUCGUUUAAUUCAUAACUUUAGAUAUUUUGCAACUUAUUGUUUGCAUGAUUUGAACAGUUCAACUGUACAGCUUGAGGCCAGCGCUACUAACUACACUGUCAAGUGUCCUGUUGGUGUGGCUGGUCUAAUCAGCCCCUGGAACUUGCCCCUGUAUUUGUUAAGUUUUAAAAUAGCUCCAGCCAUAGCUUGUGGUAACACAGUAGUGGCCAAGCCCAGUGAGAUGACUUCAGUUUCAACUCAGUUGCUGUGUCAAGUUUUCCAAGAAGCAGGUGUGCCUAAAGGUGUGAUUAACAUUGUCUAUGGCUACGGGUGGACUGCAGGUACAGCUCUGGUAGAACACCCCCGAGUCCCUCUCAUUUCUUUCACUGGUGGCACUGCCACAGGGGAGGUGAUUCGCAAGAGUGCAGCACAUCUCAACAAAAGAUUUUCUUUGGAACUUGGUGGAAAAAACCCUGCCAUUAUCUUUGAUGACUGUAGUUUUGAGAAAUGUGUCGAGACCACCAUUCGGUCCAGUUUUGUCAACCAAGGAGAAGUUUGUUUAUGUACAAGUCGUAUCUUUGUCCAGAGAGGAAUCUAUGAGAAGUUUUUGGAAGCCUUUGUGGCUAAAGCAAAAGCUUUGGUUGUGGGUGACCCAAAGGACCCCAACACUUUCUGUGGCGCCUUGAUCAGCAAACAGCACAGAGAGAAAGUGGUGGGCUACAUAGAGGGGGCUAGAAGUGGUGGGGCCACAAUCAGAUGUGGUCAUGGAGUGGAGCACCUUUCUUUGCCAGACAGGUGCCAGAAUGGCUACUUUGUCCAACCAACGGUCAUCUCUGAUCUGCCAGACUCUGCCCCUGCCAUGAUGGAUGAAAUCUUUGGUCCAGUUACUUGUGUUGUCCCAUUUGAUGAUGAGGCAGAGGUCAUCCAGAGGGCUAACUCAGUUCGUUAUGGACUCUGUGCUACAUUGUGGACAGAAAAUGUUUCUCGAGUCCACAGGAUGUCUCCUAAAUUAGAAUCGGCCACUAUCUGGGUCAAUUGUUGGCUGGUGCGUGACCUAAAUAUGCCGUUUGGAGGAAUGAAAGAUUCAGGAACUGGCAAAGAAGGGGGAAAAUACUCAACAGAGUUUUUCACCCAGGAGAAGACCAUCUGUAUCCAACAUUGAUUGGUCUCAGUAGCAAGUAGAAAAUGUUGAGGGCUCAGCUUGUUAGAAAUGGUGGUCUAUGGUUAAAUUUUAUACCACCAGAGUAACUUCUCCCAUGCAUUCCAUUAUUGUACCCCAGAAGCUGAAAGUUGUAAUCUUAAAAGUUUCUCUUAUGCAUGCAUUUAACUUUUGUUUUGAACGAUGUAAUGUGAUAUUUUAUUCUAGUGAUUCAGCUGUUCUUAGUAGCCAAAAGAAAUUUGAAGAUCAGAAAUGUGUUGAAAGAUAAUGGGAAAAGGUUAUUCAAGCCAAAAUUUGGUAAAUUUUUUAGUGUAAUUUUGAUUAUAGUUUCUCUUGCAAUUUUUUGUGCCCGUCUUAAAUUGUCUGUAUACAAGAGUACAUUGUAGCAUAAAUGGUCUUGCAAUAUUUCAUUGAAUAUAAUAAUAAUAAAGAUUAAAAUUGUGUUGGUUGUGGUGAAUAGAAUUAAACAUUUAUAAACAGUUUAAAACUGAAACUUUGGUUGGAACUACUGAAUUAGCCCCAGACCCAAAGGAUGUUGUUUAGUAGUUUGUUUCACCGACAGAGCAGAUAAGUUCAUGGAGUGAUUAAACACAUCUUGAUCCAAUUCAUGUUCCUUAGUCAGCCGUAGGGCUGAUGUAGUCUGACAGAGUAAGGAACAAAUGAGUUUGAAGAAAAUUGUCUUCCAUGCAUUUCAUGACUUAAUAUUUGUGUAGUGAAAUACUUUGUUAUUGAUUUCUAUUGUCGUUGUCUUCCACAAUGUGCCUUGUCUAUUCACUUUACACUUUCAGUACCAACGAUUUGUUAACAUUAAGUCCUAUGACUUGAUAAACUUACAUGCAUUUGAAUAAACAUGUUGUAUUAUUUUAAUUAAUUUUACAAUUAUAACUUACAAUGUUUAAGUAGUGAUGUGAUUUGUUACAUAGUGUAUUUCUUUCCAUCAUGUAUUGAACAUUGCAAUCUUUUUGUUUAGAUUGAAUUAUACUUCAUUCGUUUGCAGUUUAUGAAAUGAUUAUCUAUACAUGAUUAUUUCUGUAUUAUAAUAAUAAAAAUAAUCAUGAUAUUAUCUGUGAAAAAAAAUAUUUUACAAAGCACAAAUUGCAUGUAUCUAUAAGUCCCAUCAUGCUGUUAGAUAAUUGACUAGUGAUAAAACAAGAUCAGAUUCAGUUUAGAAAUGAAAACAUUUGUUUUAAGAUUUUUCAUACCCAAGAUUUAAUUUGAUAUUUUGUAUUUGAAGUAUUCAAUUUAUUAUUCUUUCAAUUUAAGAGAGAAAAGAAAAACUUGUGAUUUCUUAUUUAUUUGAUUUACUUUGAAAGAGUCUGGCAUUUAAUGGAGAAUUCUCUCUGAUAUGGAGGGUAUCUAUGUCUCAAUGUUUUUGUUUUGGUAAGAGAACAAUGACUAUCUCUUUGUGUACACACACUAUAUUUGAUGUGCCUUGUACAGUUUGUUGUAACUAGUCUACAGCUACACUGGCAUUGUAUUAUAAAUCUUACUCAGGGGGAGUGGGUGUAAACUCGCAUGAUGAUGUUAUAAUACUUUCAUGUCUAAACCUAACCAAAAAAAAAAGAAAUAAAGCUAAAUAUUUGUAAAUUA